AGUGCAUGUGGACACAGCUUGCUGUGGAAGCAGAAGGUACCAGAACGGGAGAGACCUGAAGCUCUGACUCGAUACCUGAGACCUGGAUCUCUCACCACAGUUCAUACAGUGUUGAGGAGGAAGCAACAGGUGGGCUCCGAGGCACAGAGCAGCAGAGUGCAGGAGACUCUCAGGCGGACCGUCAGCCCUCAUGGGAGCAGCUGGACUUUACCAAACCUCACAGGAUCACAUGUAGGACACUGAGGCUGCCGCACGGAAGCUCUCGUUGGACGGUUUGCUGCAGAUGUCCAGCUCUGAGCUGCAGGACACGAUGAGACGCCUGGGCUCCAACUCGGAGGAUCGUUCUCGCCUCACGGCUGCCCUCUCCUGUCUGAAGAGUGCCGAUGAAACAGGAUGCGACCAAAGUAAUGCCUUCCCUCCGGUUAGCAAGCCGGCUCCGCAACCUUCUGGUCCCCGCGGCCACUCCAUCUCCAUAUCAGUGGCACCUUGUUCAGACAGUCAGAGACCAUACGUGUCACCUGACGAAACGCCCGAUGUCUUCACCCUGGACCCAAGCUCCCCUCCGGCCACCCAAACGUCAAAGACGCGCACUGCCAGGGCCUCCCACACGUCACCGCUACCUUCAAGGAAGCUGCUGCAGCUCUUCCCAAUCAUCUCGAAAAGCAAGAGUCAGGAGUCGCAGCUGGCCAAUCGCAUCGAGGACCCUGCCUCACACAAGAACUGUAAGAGGAACAAAGUGCUGGCUGCCCUUCACAUCAACGGAUCUGGGAACAGUCAUGAGGAUUCGGUGCUGCGCUCGCCGCUGCUGUCUGCCCGGACGCCCGGCCCUGUCCCCGCCUCAGCCCCAUACAUGAUGCCAGCCGUCCCCAGCCUGCUGGACAAUGUGACCAUGCACAGAAGUUCCCCUCAGACAGUGAGGAGAGACAUUGGCCUGGCCGUAACACACAGGUUUUCAACCAAGUCUUGGCUCUCCCAGACGUGCCAAGUGUGUCACAAGAAUAUGAUGUUUGGUGUCAAGUGCAAGCACUGCAAGUUAAAGUGCCACAACAAAUGCACCAAAGAUGCUCCCUCAUGUCGGAUCUCAUUUCUCACAUUGCCAAGGAUGCGCAGGGCUGAAUCAGUGCCAUCAGACAUCAAUAAUCGCAUCGAUCUCAUAGCGGAGAUCCCACUGCAGUGGGGCACUUUACCAAAGGCAUUAACCAAAAGAGAGCCAGCCCCCAAUUUAAACCAGGUGGAUUCGAGCAGUAACCCCUCGUCAGCCACCUCCUCCACACCCUCCUCCCCAGCACAUCUCCAGCAGAGUAACCCCCCGAGUGUCAGCACCACCCCUCCAGCCAACGCCUCACCGCGGGGCUCCUGCGACAACCGCUUCCACUUCCCAGAUGUUCCUGCUUCCACACAUACAGCUGUUCUCCAUUCUGGCAGCUGCCAUGAGUCUGGAGUGUCUCAGGGGGGCGUCACUGAGGCGCAGCGACCUGCCACAGAACAGGAAAGGGAGGAGGAGGAGGCUGAGGAUGAGGAAGAAGCUGACCGGUGCAACAGUAAUAACAACUAUCCCAAUGAGGAGGAUGAUGAGGACGGACUAGAGGACCUGCCGUCUGCCAUAUGUCGUCAGACCGCUGGCCGCCGGAGGGGCCCAAUCUCUCGUAAAGUCAGCCAGAACAGCAUCUACCUGCAGGAGUGGGACAUCCCAUAUGAGCAGCUGCAGCUGGGAGAGCUUAUUGGGAAGGGUCGCUGGGGGAAGGUACACAAGGGUCGCUGGCACGGCGAGGUGGCCAUUCGCCUCCUGGAGGUUGACGGGAACAACCAGGAUCACCUGAAGCUCUUCAAGAAGGAGGUGAUGAACUACAGGCAGACCCGGCAUGAGAAUGUGGUCCUGUUCAUGGGCGCCUGCAUGGCCCCGCCCCACCUCGCCAUCAUCACCAGUUUCUGUAAAGGUGUCACUCUUUACUCUGUUGUGAGGGAAAGAGGUCACAUGCUGGACAUCAAUAAAACCAGACAGAUUGCACAGGAGAUCGUGAAGGGAAUGGGUUAUCUUCAUGCUAAAGGCAUCAUCCACAAGGACCUGAAGUCUAAGAACGUCUUCUACGACACCAACAAGGUUGUCAUCACAGACUUCGGCCUGUUCGGGAUGUCUGGCGUGGUACAGGAAGGCAGAAGGAAGAACGUGUUGAGGAUACCCCGGGGCUGGAUCUACUACCUGGCUCCAGAGAUUGUUCGGCAGAUGAGCCCAGAGGUGGAGGAGGACCAGCUGCCUUUCUCCAAAGCUGCAGAUGUUUAUGCAUUUGGCACAAUCUGGUACGAGCUGCAGGCCGGAGACUGGCCAAUCACCAACCAACCUGUGGAGGCUAAAAUCUGGCUGGUGGGCAGCAAUGAGGGCAUGAAGAAGGUGCUGGCAGAAGCCAACCUGGGCAAGGAGGUCACGGAGAUCCUGUCUGCCUGCUGGUCCCCUGAGGCAGACGGCAGACCCACCUUCACCACGCUGACAGACAUGCUGGAGAAACUUCCCAAACUGAACCGCAGACUGUCUCACCCCGGACACUUCUGGAAGACAAAUGAGUAUGAAUCAUAGAAAGAAUGUGUAUUCCUGAUCCAGGGUUAACCUGCCCACAACACCGAUCGCACCAACAUUGAAAGGGGGAGUCUACAUCAUUUUAUUUAGUAAUAAAUCUAUCAUUAAAAUCCGCAUUUUCCUGUUAUGAACGCUUAAAAACGAAAGCAUGAAGACAGAGGUGGGUUCAGGUAAAAGUACCAAUACGUGAUAAAUCAAAUGGAAAUUUUGUAAAUAGGAUUUUGAAAAGAAAUGUGAAUAAUAUGAAGCUAUCCUGCUGAGUAUCAAGUACUAUAAAAGAUUGUCUCUAAUCUGACUGCUGUGUUGUAUUUUGGGGAAAUUGUCAUAUUCUUUAUAUCCCAGAUUACAUUUUAGUUGCUGCUCUCUACAUGUCCUUCUCUUUUUUUAACAGACACUUUCAUUGUGUUUCUCACAGUCUGAAGUAACUCUCAUUCUUAUGUUUCUGAGAAUCACUUCUCCUUAUUUCUCCCCUCUGUCAUUUCCUCUUGGGGGCCGACUGAUCCACCUGCCUGCUCCUGCUGUGCCUGAUCUCCGCGGUCUCCCUUGGAACCUGCUUUUCCUCCUCCGUCUACGCCUGUCUGUCUAUUCGCUCGCUUGUUUUCCAACACUCCUGAUUUCUGUCUCUUCACUCCGUUCAUCUCCUGGUGUAGGUCGUGGGAUCGUCAUCACUGUCUGAGAGAUCACUGCCAUCAGGGCCUGCAUGCACACUGUCCAUACAUGUACAAAUACAGCAGCUGAGAGGCAGUGGUGCUCUUUAAAACUGACACUGGAUUUGAGCAAAUACUGACUAAAUUAUUAGGAUUUUUUGAUUCAUGUUAUAUUUAUUCUGCCCACAUUGUCUUGGCUAAUUUUCGAUACACUAAGUUGUCAAGUGUAACAUACAUUAGCCACAGAGCCUGCCAUCGUUUGACGAGGCUCAAUUGACACACACCAAAGUCACCAUGAAGCCAGAACAAUCAGUUGAGAUAUAGGAGCAAGAAUGUACUGAUCCAGGGACUGUGAUCAGACAGCUGAUUUCCUGAAGAGGAUAUAUAGAUCAAUCGAAACUGAGGACGAGAGAUAGUGUAAAGAGUUAUUUAAAAGACAAAGGUUAGGAAAGUUCUUUUUAUUUAACAAGUUACAUACAAUAAAAACUGGUAAAUUUGAUUUGUCAUUUCUAGUGUUAAAAUACACAAAUGAGUAAAUGUGUCAUUCAUAUGAAUAUAAAGUUGAUCAUGUUACAGCCACGCUAGACAGCAGCUGCUCAGUAAGCAGCUCAAAAUACAGAUGGCUGUCAGCAGAAAUUGACGUUGGACAAAACAAUUGUGAAGAUUACUUUACUUGUCUUAGUCAGGUACAGACCACGAGCAUCAGUUACCACAUGUAAAUGAGCUGCUGUAUUUAUACAUGCAAAAAAAUAGGGAAAAAUACUGGCUGCACAACUCUAGUCUCUUACUGUGGCUGACUGCAUAUUACCACCAUGACAAAAACGUUUGGCUCAAUUCCUUGUUUUAACCAGAUCCUUUCACAUUGAGAAAAGAUAUUUUCUUUUUUAUUACAUAGUUUCUUGUUAAUUGCAGAUACUGAUUCAUUAAACCUCUAGAAAAAGUACAUGUUCUGCUGCAAUGACUUCCCUCGCCAACUGUUUUUUCAUUACAAGAAUGUUUUGUGAUGUAAGAAGAUAAAGUAAUGAUGUUUUCAUUUCCACAAAAGUUACGAGACAUUUAUUGAACAAAGAGGAACGAGGUUUUCUGCACAAAGGCUCUUGCUGCUUCACCUAGUAAUACAGAGCCUGGAGUUAGUGGUAUACAGUCUAGAUAUACACAUAAGAGAGCACAUAAUGGAGACGCUCAAACUGAUGUGAUCUCGAGAGGAUGUGGUUUCUGCAUCUUUAUGUCCUGAACACCUUCUACCGCUGAACAGAAAACAGCUUCUCAGAUGUUAAGACAUUAGCACACUUAACGAUUCAGUGGUUCAGAUUGACAGCGCCCAAAUAAUGGUUUUGUUCAAUACAAAAGAGAAGUGUGAUAUUGCCACAAGUGUGUGUGUGUGUGUGUGUGUGUGUGUGUGUGUGUGUGUGUGUGUGUGUGUGUGUGUGUGUGUGUGUGUGUGUGUGUGUGUGUGUGUGUGUGUGUGUGUGUGUGUGUGUGUGUGUGUGUGUGUGUGUGUGUGUGUGUGUGUGCGCAUUUCUCGUGUGUUUCUGUAUCACUCAAGUGAACAAAGUGUUUGGUUACACAGUACACUCACUGAUUGUGUCUGAAUGUUUUUGGGCUUCACAAAUGCAGUGGAAGCCAGUCAAACGUUAUCAAGCAUUAACCGAAUGCAUAUAUGUAUAUAAAGAGCUAGAGGUUGUAUUUAAUAUACAGUGCUGUUUUUUGAUUCGUUAUUGGUACUUCUUUCAUAUUUAUAUGAUUUUAGACACUGUAAACUGUUGACAGUUGAUUGGUGUUUGUUUUUUCUCGGGGUGGGGUGGGAUAAUUUUUGUACAGGAUUUGUUGAAGUUUCUGUUCUGAACUGCUGUAAACAUUAAAACUGAUCUCCAAAGAA